GGGGUUGUUUCCGAGGAGUGCUUCCACGACCUUCGAAAUUAGGUUAGUUCUUGGGUGGGUGGUGACCUUAAUGGGAGAAAGAAUGUACGGGCUGGCAAGAGGAGGAACCACAGAGCAUCGUACAUUCUUGACUCCUGAGACUACGAGUCUGCAACAGUCUGCGCCUCCUUGAAGGAUAGAGGUGGCCCCCCACCUUGUAAACUGUGUGCUGAGAUUUGCCCAUUGAGCAGUGUUCUGAAACUCGCGUUGGACAUUGGUUAUCGCAGAUUCGUUUAAGGCCACCAGAGCCUUCCGAUUAUCCCCAUCAUCGUCACCAUCCGUCUUGUUGUUGUGCGAGGCGGUCUCUUCUGACCUAGGUUUGGAGUUGUUUUUGACUGCUGGGUGCGAUGAAAGAGACGAGCAUGAUGCUGGCGCCCAGCACGGAGCUCAGGUCCGUUGCCCAGUUCAGAAUCCUGGUGGGCAUGGUUUCCGGGAACCUAAUUGCAGGCGGUGCAUCUGCCUUGAGCAAGUGGUUUUUAGUUUCCAUUAGUGGCAGCAGCAGCAACUUCAAGUGGAGACUCUGGAGAGCAACCCGGGGUCCAACCAUUGCCAUUGCCAAGCCAAGCAACCCCACCCAUGGUCAGGUGCAACUUCUCCCAAGAAGCAAGGGGGUAGGUAGCGUGCGACACAGUUUAAUCAAGGGUGUUUCAAAUAUGUUUAGGGUAGGAGUCCCGGAAUUCGGUCCUUUCCACCUCACCUGGGCGGCAAAGCGCAUUAUUUAUGAGUCUAAGUCUGCCAAUGUUAUUCAUUGCUUUACCGGAAUCAUUACGGUGACCCGCUCUCACAAGCUCAAUGACCGUGACCAUGCUGGCAUAGCUGAUGGCACCGCUGCUCCCGAAGCACAUCUACCCCGCUACUUCGCUAAACACGGCCAUAUUGAUGCCGACCCGAAGAAGACCAAGAAGGAUGGUGGCGGGAAGGGCAAUUGGGGCCGUUCUGGAGAAGAAGUGCAUGACUACGGGUAUACCUUUACCAACGCCAGACGUCGCUCCAACAGUAGCACCCAGGGCUUGGCUGAGUUCAAGACCAAGUUCGAAACCGUUGAGCCGGACCCGGUCUUCGAGGAGGAAAUACAUGGCCCUCUCCAUGAGGAUAUCAACGGCGUGGAUGGAAUUGGGGUCAAGAGCAACGAAAGUAGCACCAGUGGCACCAGCGAGGCGGAGAUUGAGGUGAAGAAGGCUUAG